CGAUGAAUCAAACUAACCGCGUGGAGGGGGCGUGGCCACGCACCGAGCCAAAAUGGCGACGAAGAGACGCCAGUGACACACUCAUUCACAUCACUCAGUCCACCGUUAGCCGAGGAGCGCUAGCUAAGCUAAGCUAGCUCAACGGGGAACUAGCACAGAGGGACACGGGAAACCUGAUGAUAAGUUGAAGAUGGCCGAACUUGAGCAGCACGAAGGAGCGCAGGAUCUCGAGAAGAAAAUUGAGGAGACGAGACUGAGAUUCAACAAUGAGUUCCUCCAAGAUUCAACAGACAAAUAUGACUCCCAAGAUGUGGAAAGGCUUCAAAAAGAUGACUCUCUGGUUGAGGGCUACCUGCAGUGGAGACUUUACGUAGUUGAUGAUGCCUUAAAAAUGAUCGAUGAAAGUCUUCAGUGGAGAAAGGAAUACGGUGUGAAUGAUAUCACUGAGAGCACCAUUCCAAAAUGGAUGUUUGAAAUUGGUGCCGUCUACCUCCACGGCUACGACAAAGAGGGCAACAAGCUUUUCUGGUUCAAGGUAAAGCUGCACGUUAAGGAUGCAAAAACGAUCAUGGACAAGAAGAAGUACGUCGCCUUCUGGCUGGAGCGGUAUGCAAAGAAAGAACCGGGGAUGCCACUCACUGUUGUGUUCGACAUGGCCGAGUCCGGCCUCGGUAACAUUGACAUGGAGUUUGUGAAGUACAUCAUCAAUUGUUUCAAAGUCUAUUAUCCAAAGUUUUUAUCCAAAAUGAUCAUUGUGGAUAUGCCUUGGAUCAUGAAUGCCGCAUGGAAGAUCGUGAAGUCGUGGUUGGGUCCCGAGGCCAUCAGCAAGCUCAAGUUCGCCUCCAGAUCUGAGAUCCAAGGAUUCAUUGGCCUGGAGUACCUACCAGCGCACAUGGGUGGAACGGACCCUUUCAAGUACAGCUACCCACCUCUUCCCGACGACGACUUCCAAACGCCCACCUGUGAAAAUGGACCAAUUGCCGACGAGGACGAGGCGGAGAGCAAAGAGGGUGAAAUUGACAGCAAAGAUGCCCUUGAGUCCAGCUUCAGCUCUGAGAUUGCGGUUAAGCCCAAAAAGGUGAAUUUCUUGGAAGACAGCCUGAGGUGCGAGGACAACGAUAAGGGAGAGAGUUCCAGGACCAAAGGGGCCAGGAAGCCACUCACCACCUUCAAAGGCCCCCUGCUCGACGUCAGCCCCGCAGAGGAGCUCUGCUUUGGUUCUGCAGAGACGGAGAAGAAAUGCCUCAUUAUCCUGGGCAAUGUUACCAAAAAUCAGCUGGCCUUCAAGGUACGAACCACGGCCCCCGAGAAGUACCGAGUGAAGCCCAGCAACAGCUGCUGUGACCCCGGCGCCUCGGUGGAGAUAGUGGUGUCCUUACACGGAGGUUCUCAGGCCUCCCCACAGGACCGGUUUUUGGUCAUGGCGGCCGAGAUGGACAACGCUGGAUCACAAGAUCUCACACAGUUCUGGAAAGAAGUCCCAAAAGCCAAGGUCAUGGAGCACAGAUUGCGCUGUCAGGUUCUGGAAGGCGCUAAACAAGCAGCGAGCGCUCUCGGAGACGGCCCCGUGGAGAAAGGGGCCGCCGAUCAGCAGGAAUUUAGCAGCGCGGUACUGAAUGAUAACUUAUACUUCACAUCACUCAUGCGCCUGAUGACCUGCAGCGCACGGACGGAGCAGAAGCUGAACGCGUGUCUGUGGGUGCAGAAGGUUCUCAUUGGGCUGGUGCUGCUCCUCGUGGUGCUCAACCUGCUGUGUCUCCACCUGCUGAUGGCUCCCCAGCGGCCGUCCUGACCCGCCACAGCUGCCUCCGUCUGUACCACAGACACACACACACACACACGCACACACAGGUUUCGGCUGGGUCACCGCUGACUCCCUGGGGGACGCUCCCCUCCCCCCGCGGGCUGUUGUCAUGGAGGGGAGGAGGGACGUGUGAGUUGUUGUGAAGUCACUGUAGGAGGAGAUUGUACUCGUCUCUUUUCAGGCACUCGAGGGUUUAGUGCAAAGGAGACCCUUUCAACAAUGUGACAUGAAAUUAUUGAUGAGAAAUGAAUGUGUAUUUAUUGCAAAAGACACAAUAUCUAGGUAUAAAUUAGUUAUUUUUUUGAUCAUAAUGUACAUUUUUUUUAUAUUAUGUAAAUCUCCAGAAUAUAAAAUAAACUCUUUUUGUCAA